GAAGUCGCAGGUUGAGGUCGGUGCGGUCGGUGCGGUACACAUUUAGGAUAGGUAUUUUUAAGUCUUUAGGUGGCCUCAAGGCCCUAAAACAUAGGUGGCUUUGAUUGUGGUGUUUAAAUUAAUUAUAUUUUCAAUAAAGCAUCAGAAGACAUCGUUGCAGGUUGGUUGCAACUUGCAGGUCAAGGAAGAGUGGCUGUGGGCUGACAGAAAGUGAGGACUGAGGAAUUUCCAAUCCAUGGAGAUCCCUGCAAAACACAUGAAGCUGAAAGUCCACUCUGAAGUGGUGGUGUACAAAGUUCAGGCUUCUGGCUCCUCUGAUGGCACCCUGGGAUGUUUCCACGUAAACAGCGGCCAGCUGGCAGAGCGCCUCCUGCCCAGCUCGGCUGUCCCAGCUGACCUCCAGGUCAGCCGGAUCACCCCAGCGCCGCUGUCGGUGGUGCUGCAUGACCCGGACGGCCAUGAGGUGACCCUGGAUGUCGCUCCGACCGCCGACCGUCGGCUGGCAGUGACCACCGCGCUGGUGGCCGCCCUGGCGCGAGCUACACUGAAGGCGGAGCGCGCGGAGGCGGCUGCGGCGGCGGCGGUGGCAGCUCUGCCGACCGGACCCCCGCUGGUACCUUCAGUCCGAACCAGCCGCCGGCCGGUGAAGCGACCGCCGGGACGCAGUAUCGUCAACCCCUCCGCCCGCAAACGACCCACCGCCUCCGGCAUCAGCUUUGACUCGGACAGUCAGGAGUGAUGAGAGCAUAGCCAGGGAAGAAUAGGGGCAAGACGCUAGUCACAGUACACAGGUUUGUGUGGUGACGACGUCAUUCCGUUGUGAGGGAUAGUGACACUGUCCAUAUUGGUUGUCAUACUGGCGAGGGACGAUGACGACGCAGAUGAUGGGAUGGACGGGGACUGCGUCCAACGGAAAAUGAACCCAAGUGUACUUUAAACGGGGAGUGUAAGGCUCUAAAGGAGGGUGAUACGUGGUUAGCGAUAAUAUACCUAAUUUAUAGGGCACUUGGUGAGGUGGUGCCUUACGCGUCACGCGACUCUUAGUGAUGAUACUCUAGUCUGGCUUUUUUUAGAGCUGCAGCAGUGAGCGUGGCACUGCGGCACUUAGUUUUUGCCGUCACUGGGCCUGUUUUAAUUGCUGUUUCAUCCUAUUUCAUUCACUUUUAUUUUCAUAAUAUUGCCCGAAUUUCGUUUAGUUACUUCGGCGUGAUUUCGCGAAAUAACAGCAAAACUUUUCAAAGUUGCAUGCAAUUCGCUAUUUCUUCAAUCUUUUUUUUUUCCGAUUAUUAUCACUCACAACCAGUCGUUUUUCACCAUUACUCGUAUUCUCGCUUUAUGAAUUUGUUUGUGUGUUAUUGCUCUGCCAGCUCCGAUCUACCCGUUAUUAGUGUCUGUUGGGCUUUCAUUUUAUGUGAUCCGCUUGUCAUGGAAUUUCUGAAUUGUCAAUAAAGCAUGCCAAAAUUUUUAA